AUGUCCAAUGAGCUGGAUUUCAGAUCCGUGCGCCUGAUGAAGAAUGACACCAUGAACUUCCAGAAAUUCCCCUACACCAGCGAGGAUGAGGCCUGGAAAACCUACCUGGAGAACCCCCUGACUGCAGCCACCAAGGCCAUGAUGAGGGUGAACGGGGACGACGACAGCGUGGCCGCCCUCAGCCUCCUCUAUGACUACUACAUGGUGCCCAAGGAGAAGAGGAUUCUGCCAGCUGGGAUGAUGGCACGCAAUGACCUGGCAAAGAGGCACUGCCACGGGAUGGAUUAUGAGCCUGAGCUGCCCUCCUUCGAUGGCUCUGCCCAUCUCAUGAAGCUGCUGUCAGAAAACGUCUCCAUGAGCCAGGAGUUCUGCGAGCCCCCCAAGAAGAAUGGCCUGAGUCUCGAGGGUGUCCCUGCCCCUCACAAGGCAGCCCUGCUCCCCCCAGGCACCAGCAAGCUGGAAGCCCCCCCAGACAACUUCCUGGUGGCCCCUGGGGACGUGUAUGACAGCAGCUCCCUGAACUCCCUGUUUGAGAGCCUGCCCAUGGCCCCGGCCCAGCAGCGCUGGCAGCCCGACAGCACCUUCAAGGAGGACCCCCAGGAGACGCUGCUCUUCAGUGACAUCCUCAAACCCCAGCCAGAGCCACCCUGCCCCGAGAGUUACCCCACAGAUGGAGUGAAGAGUGACUUUGAAUACACGCUGGGGUCACCCAAAGCCAUUCACAUCAAAUCUGGGGACUCUCCCAUGGCCUACCUCAACAAAGGACAGUUCUACCCCAUCACACUGCGGACAGCUGGAGACAGCAAAUGUUUGCACUUGUCCUCAAAUAAAGUGAAGAGUGUGGUGAUGAUUGUGUUUGACAAUGAGAAGAUCCCCACGGAGCAGCUGAAGUUCUGGAAGCACUGGCACUCGCGGCAGCCCACGGCCAAGCAGAGAGUCAUCGACGUGGCCGACUGCAAGGAGAACUUCAACACGGUGCAGAACAUCGAGGAGCUGGCCUACAACGCCCUGUCCUUCGUGUGGAACGUCCACGAGGAAGCCAAGGUGUUCAUUGGGGUGAACUGCCUGAGCACAGACUUCUCCUCGCAGAAGGGGGUGAAGGGGGUGCCCCUGAACCUGCAGAUCGACACCUACGACUGUGGCAGUGGCAGCAGCCAGCUGGUGCACAGGGCUGUGUGCCAGAUCAAGAUCUUCUGUGACAAGGGAGCAGAGAGGAAAAUGAGGGAUGAUGAAAGGAAGCAGUUCAGAAGGAAAGGAAAAUGCCUGGACUCCAACAACAAUGGUCUGAAAGGCUGUUUGCUCUCUGGCUUCAGAGGGAACGAGAUCACCUUCCUGCGGCCCGAGAGCGACCUGGAGACGCAGCCCGUGCUCUUCAUCCCCAACGUGCAUUUCUCCGCCCCCCAGAGGUGUGGCUCGGUGCUCCCUCCUGCUGUUCCCAACUCUGCAAACAGGCUGCCCCUCAAGCGGAGCGGGGCCUCCUUCGCCGACGACUUCGAGCCGGUGCCCCCAAAGCACAGCAAGGACGAAGAUCCCCAGAGAGUGCUGCUCUACGUGCGCAGGGAGUCCGAGGAGGUGUUUGAUGCUCUCAUGUUGAAGACCCCGGAUCUGCAGGGCCUCAGGACAGCUAUUUCAGAAAAAUAUGGGCUUCCUGAAGAAAGCAUUUAUAAAGUCUACAAAAAGUGCAAAAGAGGGAUCCUGGUGAACAUGGACAACAACAUCAUCCAGCACUACAGCAACCACAUGGCCUUUCUGCUGGACAUGGUAGAGGCAGAGAACAAGUUCCAGAUCAUCCUCAAAGAGCUCUAA